AUGGAGAUCGGAGAGAAGCAGCAGCAGGCCGUCAACGACAUCAUCACCCACAACGGCGCCUUUGGGCAGCUAAACAAUGUCUACGCCGCGUUCCAGAGCCGGCGAGAGGCUCUCGGGCUUUCGAACCCGGGGACCGUCGAGAACAUUGCAAAGGAGGUGCAGCGCGAUGUCUUCCUCAACAACUUGAGCUUCUCUGGCCUGCGCGCCGAGCUCACAAAGGCCUUCAGCGCCGCCCCCAUGUUCCAGGUCUCACACUCGCUGUCUAUGGGGUCGCAGGUCCAGCCUCCAUAUGCAUACACUGCCAUCUACGGCUCGCCCAAGAUAUUCCUGCAAGGUAACCUCGACAACGACCUCCAGUUCUCUGGCCGCUUCAACUGGCGAUGGACUCAAGCGCUUAUCUCAAAGGCCUCGGUGCAGCUCACAUCCCAGGGCAACAUGGUGUCGCUCGAGAACGAUUACACCGGCUCGGAUUUCUCAGCGUCGCUGAAGGCUGUCAACCCCUCCCUUCUGGAUGGGGGCAUCACAGGCAUGGUCAUGGCCAGCUACCUGCAGUCUGUCACUCCCAAGCUCGCGCUCGGUAUCGAUGCCUUCUGGACGCGACCAGCAAUGGCUUAUCCUCCCGAGUUGGCCGUCUCAUACGCCGCCCGCUACAGGGCAGCCGACUGGAUGGCGUGCGGACAGGUUAUCCCAGACCGAGGUGCUAUCGAUGCUUCAUACUGGCGAAGGCUGUCGGAGAGAGUCGAGGCGGGUAUCAACUGCAACCUCUCUUUCGCAGGAAUUGGUCCCGGCGGUCCUAUGGGCGGCCCGUCAAAGGAGGGCCAGGUCACCAUUGGUGCCAAAUAUGACUUCCGCUCCGCAUCAUUCAGGGCGCAAAUCGACAACUCAGGCAAGGUUUCCUGCUUGUUGGAGAAGAUGAUUGCGCAACCCAUCCGUGUCACAUUCUCAGGCGAGAUUGACCACAAGACGAGCGCUGCCAAGCUAGGUCUCGCCGUCUCAAUAGAUGCCGCAGACGAAGCCGUCAUGGAGCAGCAGGAGCGCGCAGCCUCCGAUGCCGGUUCGAUCCCAUUCUAA